AUGGAUUAUGGCUCCAACUCUGAUUCUAUUGUUGGUGAAAACCAUCCUUAAUAGACUGAUACUACCUUGUUUCAAGAGCUCAUCCGUAAAUUUUGUAACCAACUGCAUUAAGUCCUCAUAUAGACCAAGUGUCCAUGUCAUUCCCUCACGUGACUGGAUCAAUGUUCUCAAAGCACUGGCUAGACACCUCCGUCCAUCAUGAUACAAGAGCACUGCUACAAGUCCUCUUGUUAGACCAGGAAAAUUGGGUUGCUGCUGCUCACCAGCGAGAAGCAAAUCCGCACAAACAAACUCGUUCAGUUCAAGGAUAUCACUGAGUAUGAGAGAUUCUUGCACAAACUGCUCAGGGAGCUUUUGUUUCUCGGUAUCACCAGCCAGUUGAAGGCCAGUGGUUGGUGCUUUUUUCAACUGUUCUCUAUGGUCUGCAUUUUUCACCUAGUGUUCAGAGAUAAACAAAGUCGUUUCCUUUUUAGCCUGCUACUUCAAUUUCCUAUUGCGAGGUUUGUACUUGUGAAAGCUCUAAGAAAUUUGUAUGACCUUUUCAUGGUCUAAAUUUAAGCGGUUGUUUUCAAAAUCUUGUCAAAAGGAUACUAUCUUUAGGGCACUUCCUGUCUUGCAACCCAGUUUUCUGACAUACUAUUUUUUUGUUUUAAGUGUUAUUGUCUUGUUGACAUUCACAAGCCUGCAUGCAGAUGUGUCAUUUUAGUUUGCUGCACAAAGAAACGGGACUUCUACAUAACAAUGUGGCUUGUCAUGCUCCACAAUCCCACUUUUGCUUUUAAAUUUUGAAUACAUUAAUAACUUUUUUCAAGAUGUUGUGCCUCACCAGACAUAUAUAUAUCGUAGAAACUGUCAUUUGAAUGUAUACAAAGCUGGUACAGUUCAGUUACAAGGCUUUUAUUUUGGCUUAAUUUAGCCUUUUCCAGGCAUUCAAAUACAGUGGUACCUUAAUUUAACAAAGUGCCGAGGGACUGGGGAAAUUUGUUCGUUACAUCGAGGGUUUGUUAUAUCGAACACUUCCAUUUAACGAAUUUUCGGGAAAAUGACUUAAAUGUUCGUAAUAUCGAGGUAAAGUUAAUAAUUAAUUUAUAAAACCCAGCAUUUCUAGAUCUGAAAAACUACUGUGAUAACAUUUCUACUGAGCUAUACAUAGCUACGGCACUAGGAACUCAAAAACAGGCAAACAAAAUUGCUUAAAGCUACACAUGUACUGUACACAUAAAUUCUAUCCUUGUUGGUCUGUUUGGCAUUCAUCUUUUAUCACAUGCUGACAUUUAUUCGCUAUAUCGAGGUAAAUUUUACGUUUGCGCUCGUGGAUUGUGUUCGUUAUAACGAGGACUUCGUUAAAUCGAGGUUCUGUUCCAUACAUAUUUUUAGUGUAAUUUUGGCUGGGCUCAAGGAAAAUCGUUCGUUAUACCAAGGUUCGUUAAAUCGAGGCUCCGCAGUAGUGAGGCACGGUUGAACGCCUGGACAAGCUAGGCUUAAUUUGGAGUCUUACCCAAUGCAAACUGAACAGAGCUUACCGGAUUUUUCAGUAAAGAGAUAAAAUCUGGUUUAAAUUUUUUCAAGGAAACCUCAAGUUCAUGAUAGACUUCAGGACUUUUCUUGUACAGUGAUCGCUCUACCACUGCCUGGAGCUCCUUGUAAGGUCUCCAUACCCCUAAAAGUUAAAGAAAGAAAACGUCAAUAAAACGUUCAAAAGAGAUAAAUAGCAGCAAAAAUAGCAUUCCAUAUACCUCCUCUCGUGGCCGCCAUUUUGUUGGCGCGCGCUGAGCGUGCUCACUUUGUAACCAGGUCUUGCCAACUUCCGCAAGAGAACGAAAGCGAGCUAAGCUACCUUGCCUGGUUUAUGUAUAGAUCACAUGAUGAAAAAUAGUGAAUGUCAUUGGCUAACAAAGGGACGGAGGGUGACGACCCGAAAUCCCCGCGUAAAAUUGAACGCGCCAAAAGUCACAACCGCUACAAAGCGAUUCCAUUGUACUUCUAAAGAAAGCCGAGGUGAUUACUGCAGCCGUUUUGGCUUCUAAAUGCCCUCAAAGUGAAUUUUUCCACCUCUAUGAAGUAUCGACGUCGUUGUGUUAGCUGCUUUUCAAUAAGCAUUUGACAGAGGUUAGUAAAAAUGUGAGGUACAUAACGUUAACGUGAUCACUUCGAUCGACACGAACUUUCAGUGUUCCCGCUCCAGCUUUUCGAGUCUUUCGUCAGCUCUCAAAUAUGUUUAGUAUAUUCUGUGCAUAAAUUUCUUCUUCUUAGAAAAUAAUUAACUGAUUUUCAAAACUAUCAUGUGAUUGUAGACAACUGGUAACGUUUUUAAGAUCAAAGAUAACGUAUGUCAUGAUCAGAGAUCUAAUUUGUAACGAGUAAGCAGAUGAAUAUUUUAAUACUACGAUACAUUUCAUCUGUUUGUACCUCCAGCUAAACUAAUACAAAUUUCCUUUCAAUGAUUUCAAGGGUAACAUGGAAUCAAACCGAGUUUUAUUAACUCCUGAAGGCUGGGAUGCCAACGACGAUAAAAUGAACCCAGACGUCAGUGAUUUUGAUGAUACGGACAGUGAGUGUAACAGCUCAUCACAAUCAAUCCCUUUAGCCAGAUAUCCUUCGCUGGCGGAACUCUCGUCGAUAGCUACAAAUUGCGUGUCGAAUAAAAUGGUUUCUGAUGAGUCACUGGUGCAGGAGGAAAAGAAUUUGCCGGUUGCUGGCAUCGAAGAUUGCAAACAUCAAAUUACAAGUCAGCUGCUGAACAGUGUUUGGAAUCAAGGACUUCCCGCUACCCCGCCAAAGUUAGCAGAUACAUCAAAGAACUGCACAAAUCAAACCGGUGAUGAUCCACUCACACCUACAGCUAAUCUUAAAAUGCUUGUUAGUGCUGCAAGCCCGGCAAUUCGCGAUCGCGAGAUAAAGAAAAGGGAACUCUUUCCUGGUCAAAAUUCUAACACCUUCGAGGCACUUCACAUGGCGGCGAGCUCGCUUAUUUCAAAUUCAAAACAGUCUGAAGCACUUGUAGACGAAAAAUUCAUAAAAGAAGAGUCUUCCCAACUUGAUUGCGGAGGAAACAAGAUAACUGUUAGCAGAAAGGACAAAUCGCUUGGCCUUUUGUGCCAGAAGUAAGUAGAAAAUUGGAGAUAUGAGCGUUGCUAGUGAUUAACUGUUUAGCGCCAAAUUUGGCGAGAGGUGGCAAUGUUUGAAUUUGUAAUGACAGUGGACGCGUUUUGUUUACGCGCCAAAAUAGUUGCUGUUUUUGUUCUAUUCUGAUGCUUCCUUGAUGUUAAAUAGUUUAUUUCCCUUGGAGGCGAGAUUAGGACUAAUUUUUACAGAAACCUUCAAUAAAAUUAAAAUUAAAAGGCAAACAGAAAAUGGCAUGACCACAACCUUGCGUUACACAUGUAAUGGCUUACUCAUUUUAAAAGCUUUCUAAUUAAUGAAACAUAAGUGUGUAACUUAAUUUCAAAGUGCAUGUAGCUUAAACUACUGUUUUGUAUUUCUAGACAAGUAUGUAUGCUCUAUUUGCAACAGGUUUCUCUCAAAAUAUCCAGAAUAUCCAAAGAGGAAUGAAUUUAUUGAAAUUAGCUUGGAUGACGUCGCAAAGGAUCUCAGUAAGAAAGACUCUCCUAAUAUAAAAUAAAAAUAUAGAUGAAUCAUAAGACAGGGACAUGCUCAAUUAUAAGCAGUUCCAAAUAUUUCACAGGUCCAUAGCUUUUAAUUUAGGGCUCUCUUAAAUUUUCCUGGAGCAGAGCAAGACCCCAAGCCUAAAACAGUUGAGAAUUUAUGCAGAGGAUAAGCCAACAAGCAUUUUAUAAGUGAAACUUCAGCAGUCAAACCUCCUUAAUGCAACUAAAGAGCCAAGUGCCCAUUUACAGAGAUGCCUGUUUUACAGAGCUAGAAAUUUGCAUGAAAAUAUUGUUUGGUAUCCUUGAUACCAAGGGACAUAUCCAUGAUGGGGAGGUGUACAAUCAGGGUGCAAAGAAGGUAGUGUCCGAUAGCCCGGGGCUAGUGGAUUUUGCUAUCAGGCUAGUGAAAUCUGUUUUUAACUUGCCUUACGGGCAAAUGAUGUUCUUUGAGGAAUUCGAAUAACAGAAGAAGUGUGAAAUCAAUUCUGCUUGACGAAAAGCUUUUGGGGCUAGUUGAAAUGGCGUCUGGGCUAGUAAAUGCUAGCUUCAGCUUGCCCAAAUGGUAAGCUGUAAAAAUGAUUUUCUUUGCACCCUGACCAUGUUCAUCAGGAUACCUUUGGCUUUACCUUAGUUUGGGAACUUCAAGGGUGUGAUCUUGUGCAAAACAUUUCCCGUCUAACACAUACAUGCUUCAUUUGAAAGUAUACUAUCAGUAGUCCAUCAUUCCACUUUAACGUUCCCUUCUUCCUUGGACAUGUGUACCUGCAAAAUCAAGCUGAGGUAAAAAUGCCAUAGUUUAAGUAAUACAUGUACUUGUAAUUAACAAAUUAUUUGAAAUCUUCUUCUAGGCGUAGAAAGAAGACGUAUAUAUGACAUUGUUAAUGUACUGGAAAGUGUAGAAGUAAUCACCAGAUAUGCAAAGAACAGAUAUGUCUGGCAUGGGAAAUCAAGACUACCCACUACUCUAGUGAAACUCAAGGUAAUUUAGAAACAUAUGUAAUGAGUUUACUUCAUUAAGCAAAAGUUAACAUGACAAAUGUAGUGAACUUUGCAAUAGGAUGGCAUAGUAAAGAAGAUGUCAAACUGUGUGUGACAGGCAUGACAGUAACUUACUCAGCAAGUUGGUUGAAUUUUUGUAGCUUUCUGGUACUGGUAUCUAUAGCCCCAUUCACACCAAAGCUUAAACAUGGUUAAAAGCUGUUUAGUUAAACAUGGUUCACAAUUGUCUUCUUCAUAAAAGCUGCUUACGGACUUCUUCUAUUGCAAAUUAUGUGCAAAUUACAGAGUAAGUUAUAUUUUAUUUGAAUAUCGUGUACAUGUAAAAAUCUGAGUUCCAGUUUUCCAUCAUUGCUUUUCAUUUUUUAACCUGUUUAGUUGGUGUGAAUGGGGCAUAUAUCAUAUACCUGGAGUAAUCUUGACUAAAUUACUGGAACUUUUUUGUUACACACAGAAUUAUGCUGUGUCACAGGGUUUUCAGUUGAAGCCUUCACCUUCAAGGAAGGAAAACCCCAAACCCAAAAAGGAAAAGGUAACUGAUUUUUGUACGUACUAUGUACUGCUGCUUAACUUGUUACUGACUUGAAAAUGAGCCCCAAACUGGAUCCUUCUUCUAAAUUUCCUUGUGGUGCUUGUAACCAAGGGGCAAACCCAAAGGGAUGUGUGGAAUUGAGCCCUGAUUGACAUCCGACAAAAACCCUAGAUUCUCUGAGCAGUUUUCAUUAUGAGUCAAAGGGAGAAUUUGACAUCUGCUCAUAGCAGUGUCAUUAAGUUCUGAGGCAACCAUAGCAAAUCAAGAUUCACCGGUGACAUCUGACAAAGGAGCCUUUUAAACUCAUUUCACAUACUCCUUCAUUUGAUGUCAUUAGGAGUUGCUCAUUAGAACUUCACUCCUACCACCCCUUCAAGUGUUUGCAUUGUUAUCAAGGAUGUACCUAAGGAAAAGCUAAGCAGGCAGGCUUAUUAUGAUUUUUGUUAGUCUAGCCAGCUUUUUACUUAACUUCAACUUAAAAAUUACCCUAUGUCUUUGUUUUCCUGUGUUAUUUGCAUCAGGUGUAAGCUCAUUUUUGGCUGGUAAAAUUUUCCAACAACAGCCACCUACUAGAUAAAACCCUGUGUUGUUUUGCAUGUCAUACAGCCAGGUCAACCUAUGUACAUUAACAGAUGUAGGUUUUAAAAACCUAACAAGUGAGUUGAUAUAACAUAUUGCAUAUUUCAGGCAAAGAAGGCUCCAAUCAUUCCACUAUCUUCCAAAUUGCCUUUACUUCUCCCAAAGGACACAAAUGUCAUGAAUCUUGUCCACUCCCUAACUCCAACAGUAGGGGUGGAUCAAAGUCUUAUGCCACCACCACCCAUGCAAGACACUGCAGCAGAUGAAAGCACCAACAAAAAGCCAAAGUACAAAGGUAUAAAAUGUCUUUGAGAAUUUAACAAAUUAGCGUUUACUCUUAUUCUGCUUAUAAAUCAGGCAUUUUCUUUCAAAUUCAUCUCUAAAAUUUGCUUUUCAUAACAAUAGUUUGGCAUUGUAUGUUUAUGCAACACUUUCAAUUUGCUUGAUUUUCAAAAUUCGAACAUGACUUAUUCAUAGGCCUAGCAAAGACAUUUGCAAGUUUUUCAUGAUUCUAUUGUCCCCUGAUUACCAGAUGUGAGAACAAAGAAAACCAGACAUAGAAGCAUGACCAGAAAGCCUCAGAGUCAUUUUUUUAUUUUGAUACAGUCGACUCUCUCUUAACAGACACCUAGAGUUGGUCCCUGCCUUUCUUUACUCCUUUUAUUUGACUCUCUAUAAGACGGACACUUAGUGCCCAUCCCAAAGGUGUCUGUCUAAGAGAGAGUUGACUGUAUAUCGAGUGUGGGCUAUUUUUUUAUAGAAACAUAAUAGUUUAUCAUAAGGAGCGUGUUAUUUGAUAUCCAGACAGUCAUACCAUGAUGAGUAAACUAGGUUUUUAAACUGAUUUUGUCUUUGAGGUGUCUGAAAAUCACACAACUCAGCAUAGUUACCAAAAUGGUCCAUAAAUAAAAGCAAAAACAAUUGCAUUUAUUCUGUGGAUCACAUUUCCAAGUGAAGAUUUAAUGCAACAAUUUUUUUUAUGAUUUUGAGAGAAUGUGCUUUUGAAAAUGUCUUUGGGUUUCUUAAGGUUCAUGCUUGCCUCACCUUCAACUUUAUCACUAAACUUCUUUUUUACUGUGUUUUUAUUAUUUCUGGGCAGAUAACAUAAGUGAGUACUGCAGAAAAGACAAGUCCCUAGGAGUGCUUAGUCAAAAGUUCUUAAUGAUGUUUCUUGUUUCUGAGGUAAAGUCAAGCUCAUAUGUUAUUAUUAACCACAUGAUAUUUCAUUUGUUAUACUACUAAAUGAUAAAUUUCUGCAAUUUGAUUGGCUUAGAGCAAUGGCAUUUCAGCUUAAUUUGAAAUACCUACAUGUGAAAAUUACAAACCUUUUUUGGGUAGUAGUAUAUUGUUUGUAUGUGAUAUUUUGCAUAAAUACUACUCAUGAUAUUUCAAAAUUGUCUCAAAUUUCACUCAUCUAAUGGCUUGUGAAAUUACUUAUAAUAAUUUUGAAACAUCACUCCUGGUAUUUAAACCAAAUAUCGCUACAAAUCAUGCUAUUACCUAUAUUAAUAACAAGAGAUGUUUACAAAGACCAAAAAAAAUUAAUAAUGAUACACAAAGGUUCAACAGAAUUGUCACUUUUGUUCAAUCAGAAUCGAUAUGUAACUUUGGAGGAUGCAGCCAAUGUCUUGAUAGGAGAUGAAGAAGAAGGCCAGACAAAGUAUAAAAGUAAGAUAAUUUAAACAGCCAAACCAGUUUAGACUUUUUUUUGUAGAUCUAUAAUUUUAACCAUUACUCACCUUAAAUCAAAUAAAGUCAAACCUCCAUGUGCAGCCCCCUCUUGUGAACAUCCACCACUCAUAACAACCGUCUAACCAAAACACCAAAAUAUUCCCAGUCAAAGCCUCAUAGUUGGAGCCUUUUGUAAGCAACAGCAACCACUCUUUGGGGUGAUGGUUUUAAAAUUUUCCAUUUUUUUAACCUCUCGCGGGCGACCACUAGAUGCAUGAUCUGAUAUCUUUGUUUGCAGUACUUACUAUGCCACUUAAGAGUAUGCAAAGAACUUAAUUAGUGUCAAUUUGGAACUAUCUAUUUACCUCAGUUGUAUCACUUAAGGAGAACCCUAAACAUGUUCAUAACAAAACUUUUUUCCUCAACAGCUAAAGUUCGACGACUCUAUGAUAUUGCCAACAUUUUGUCAAGUCUUCAACUUAUAGAAAAAGUUCAUAUUCAUAGCAUUCAGACUGGGAGGAAACCUGGUUUUAGAUGGAUAGGAAUUGACCCUGACAAGUUAGAAUUAGUGGCCUAUACCCAAGGUAAGUAUACCAUGCAUAAAAAAAAUCUGUUCCUUUUGCCAUAGCUUCGCUGUUGAACUUCAAAACCAGAAAUAAAAAAGUUCUCAGUUAAGGAAAAACAGUUGAAACCUAAGAGUGAGCAACCAACAUUUUCCACUUGUUUAACCUGUUUAAACUUGAAGAGAGAUUAAGGUAGUGUGAUGCCACGUGGCCUUUAAGUUUGUUCUUUCAUAUGACAUGUACAUAUGUACCGUCAGUCAACGUCGAGGAUGAAAAUUUACAAAACAAUUGCCCUUCAUGCAAGUUACUAGCUCGUGCAGGCUACUGGACAGCACUUUUGUUGCACCAUGGCCAUAGAAAUAAAAUUAUGGGUAUGGGGGUCCACAAGGUAUUGUUACUAGUGGUACCUCAAGCUGGAGGGCCUGCCCAAGGAGAAAGGUCUAGAGGAACCAUCCAACCCUACAAAAAAGUCACCCCUGCACCCAGGCCAGCCCCGCGUGCCCCCUCAUGGCUUCAUAUUCAGACAUCCUUUUGGCUCAUCGCACGAUCCUCCCCAGUGUUUGGAAGGAGUCAUGAUUGUGUGAUGUGCCAAAAGAAUGUCUGCAUCUGCACCUUCUCCGAUACGCUUUAAACUAUUAUGUACUUUAUGGAAUUUGCCACUCCUUAGUAAAAUUGUAAAGUGCAAGUCCCGAGAAGUAGUGUAAUUUCGUCACAAAGAAGAAAGAAGUUUCUGUACCAUAAAGUACUUAAAUAUUGAAAUCUUUGGUUUGAUUUCAAUCUAUCCUUUUUCCCUUUAGAUGAAAUUCAAAAACCACCAUCAGUAAAGAGAAUCUGCGAAGAGAAAAGCCGUGGCCUUGAUGAAGGAGAAAGUAAGUGGAGAACUUUAAAUAUGCCACAAAUGGAGUGACAUGAUACUGUUACAUCUUGCACUGCUAGUCAAACACACACAUACAGUCCAAGUUCUAAAGAAAAAAAAUCUUUGAAGAUUAAAAAUGGACACUUACCGUGAGAAUAAAGAACCUUUGCAGCUGACAUGUUUACAUUCCACACUCGUUCCCGGUCCCUCGCAGAUUUUAAUUCAAGGAAAUUCCAGUUUGCGGAUUGCGUGACACAAGUUGUGUUAUCUUUGACAGGUGCUGUAGGGCGCCUUAUAAGGCGGAGGCCGAGUCAACAGCAGCUCAGAUCAGAGGAUCCAGAUGCCAGCAAAUGCAAGCUGCCUCGUUCACAAUCGGAAAGAGUUCUUGGUACUAAAAAACAUUGUGGCGGGGAGGAAGAUGGCUUUUCAGUUCAAGAACUUACAGCCUCUUACGGUAAGUUCAUUUAUGGGUGCAGAUUACACAAAGGCGAUGUCGGUUAUAUUGUAAUAUAUUUACUGUACUGUGAUGUAAGGUUUUCCAGAAACUAAACCGGCAUUUUUUUCCCCCCCUGAAUUGACAGGUGCUGAUCUGUCUGCCGGAAGCCCGACAGAGGCAAAAUUCCGCGCAGAGCUGAAGAAACUACACCAGCAAUACCCAGAUCAUAUCCUUUUAUUUACCUGGUUAUUUACUCACUAUCUUUUUACUUGGCCGGUUAUCGAACUGUAAUCUAAAAGGAACAAUUUCCCCCAUCUCGGGAGGGGAAAGGAAAUUAAACUCAGAACGAGGGUCAAGGACAAUCCUUCGCGGCUCACUCACGUGUAACCUUCCACUUUCAAGACUCUUAAACACCACUUGCAAGGAUCCAUGCAAGUUUUUGACCUGAUCAGAAGUAGGUGAACAUUUUUUACCGGUACGGUUCCACCUCUACGCGGACACGUGUAAACACCUGAACCGUGCACAGUUUGCGCGGUAAACGCCUGGAGCCUAUUUACGCGCCUGUGAUAAAAGAAAAGCCAUUCCAAUGCUGACAAUGGCAAAAUUUGUACGGACUCGUGUAAACAGCAAUGUAACAUUACACGGGGCUGUCAUUAAGAGACAGGGGCCGGGGAUUUUCACUGGCUACUAUGAACGUGGCCCACCAAAAGAAAUCCCUCGCUGUUUGAUUCCCCGCCUACUUUGCUGUAUUUCCCUGGCAACUUGAAAUCUUAGUGACAGCCUUGAUUACAGAAUUUUCGCGAUAGCGUGUAAACGGGUUGCACAGGUGAAAAAUUCGCCCGUUCAAAAGUUUGACCAGACCCGUGUCAACGGGUUCAUAGUGGAGAACUUGCUCUCGAUGUUGGAGAUUUGUCGGUACUUAAUUUGUCAAACUCAUUAUCAACGGCUUUUUCAACCCGAGAGAUCAUUUGCAAAACUCUAUGUACCCUUUCUGAGUUAUUUUUGGCUCUUUUUAUCCUUAACUCUUCUCACGAAUGUCACAGCUGCUGUCCGCGUGCAGACACUCGGAUGAUUUUGAUGCCAGAAAAAGUCGGCGGUCACUGUUUAUCUCUGGUACAGCGGAACUUGAAGAUGCUCCGGAGCCCAAGCGAAGGCGAAGUGCCGACGAUUUUUCGACAAUCCAGCAGAAGUCCGACAACGGAUUCUCACAUUCAUCCACUUCGCCGUUCAAAAGCAUCGACAAUGGAAAAAAGGAUCUUACGCCCUGCAGCCCAAAACAAUCAAGUCCAAAGCCUUCUCUUGAUCAUUCCUCUCCUGAACAAAAGAUUCUGCUGGAGAGACAGAAACAACAGAAACUGUUAGAAGAGCAGCGAGGAUUUGAUUCACAGGAUGAGCGGUGGAAACGCAUGGAACGUGAGUUAGAGAAGGCAUUCCCUAACCCAGGACCAAGCCGUCCUAUGAUGGUACACCAGUCGUCGUCUCCGUUACCUUAUGAUGAGCUUGUAGAACAGUCUUCAGUUGCCAUUCAGGCGAGUCUUAUCGACGACGUAAGCCCUCUAAAACCACUUAGCUAUUACCGCAAGUUAAAGUCCCCGUGGAAAGACCCUGGAUCUUUACAGAGCUCCCGUCAGGCUUCUGCCACGCCCUCGCCGAUUCAAUUUCAGAACAACUGUGCACUAAAUUCCAUGUCCAAUCCGCACGCGUUGACGCCGACUCCUAUUCUUCCAGCCACUGAACGCCCCAUGCAAGUUAACAACGCGUGUCCUAGUAACACUAUCUUCCUUCAGAUUCCUGCCCAACCGGGUAACGGAGGGUCAGUCCUUUGGGCCACAGCCACACCUCCCUCGGGCAAUUCCACGCCUUCUCCUGACCAGCUAAUCAAGGUAAUGGGGCAAACAGUCAACACACCACUGCUGUAUAGUCCCAGGUCUCUCACUCCUACUCCAGAGCCUGGUAAUGUGGAUUUGUCCCAAGUGUCUUCAGUAAUUGAAUUCACGACACCUUGCGUGACAAUGGGUGACGUCCAGCAAUCGUUGGCGGGAAACCAACCAGUAAAUUCGGGUAACGCAAUCCCAUCGAAACAAGCCUUAACCAUUCAACUUCCAACCAUGCAUCACCUUAGCAGCGCUGAAAUGUUCUCUUCUUCUCCAGUAUCUGGAAGUUUGGCGCACCUUCAGUUUAACACCCCCGUGAUGAAACUCACAGACAUUAACAAAGUUGUUCCUAUAGAAACACCCACCACCACGGCCCAACUUUUAGCAGAUGUUUCUAAACGUCUAUCUCUUCCUCUAAACAGUCAUCAACCCAGUUAGGUGAAUAAGAAUUAUACUAAUUUAAUGGUCUUCGACGCCUUUGUGAAGUUUAGAUGUUCUUGAAAAAGAAUGAAAUUUUCUUGAUAUGGCUGUUUGCCUUACGUCAAGUAAACUGGAGCAGAUUACUUCUUGACAAUAAUCCUUUAGACGUACUUCGCUAAAAGCGCCGUUAAAGGACAAAAAAGUUGAAGUCAUAGCACUCAAGGAGACAGUCUCAAGGCCGAAAUCAGAAUGUUGAUAAUGGUAUCAAAAUAGAAGGAAAAAGAAAACUAACGCCUGAACGCAAGAUAAUGUAAAAAAAUCCUACUUUUCAUAAGAAUUCUAAUUGAUUUCUCGACACCGAGUUCAAAUUUUUCGAAGAAUUUUUUACCUUUGCAACACUUUUCAACUCAAUUCCUGUAUCUGUUUCCAGUUUAGGAUAUUUUUUAUCAAUAUUUUUUAUACAUUUUUUGGCAUAAAAAUUGGAUAGAAUUUUAGUAUGUUGGCCGCCCAUCAUCCGUUUUA